AAUGCUUCUUUAAAUCUUCAAAAUCAAAGAAGCCACAUGGGAAAUUUAUGUACUGAAUGUGGGAAAUGUUUUCUUAAGAAAUCACAUCUUCUUAAACAUCUAAAAAUUCAUACAGGAAAAAAGCAAUUUUCCUGUCCUAUAUGUGGGAAAUGUUUUAACUGUAAAAACAUUCUUGUUCCUCAUCAGAAAAUUCAUACAGGGGAGAAAGGAUUUUCAUGCUCUGACUGUGGAAAAUGUUUUACUCGGAAAUCAACUCUUCUUAUGCAUCAACAAAUUCAUACAGGGAAGAAAGCAUUUUCAUGUUCUGACUGUGGAAAAUGUUUUACUCGGAAAUCAACUCUUCUUAUGCAUCAACUAAUUCAUACAGGGGAGAAAGCAUUUUCAUGUUCUGACUGUGGAAAAUGUUUUAUCCUGAAAUCACAUCUUAUUAGGCAUCAGAAAAUUCAUACAGGGGAGAAAGCAUUUUCAUGUUCUGACUGUGGGAAAUGUUUUACUCAGAAAUCACAUCUCAUAACACAUCAGAAAAUUCAUACAGGGGUGAAAGGAUUUUCAUGUUCUGACUGUGGAAAAUAUUUUACUCUGAAGUCACAUCUUAGUAGGCAUCAGAAAAUUCAUACAGGGGAGAAAGCAUUUUCAUGUUCUGACUGUGGGAAAUGUUUUACUCAGAAAUCAAAUCUCAUUACACAUCAGAAAAUUCAUACAGGGGUGAAAGGAUUUUCAUGUUCUGACUGUGGAAAAUGUUUUACUCGGAAAUCAACUCUUCUUAUGCAUCAACAAAUUCAUACAGGGAAGAAAGCAUUUUCAUGUUCUGACUGUGGGAAAUGUUUUACUGUGAAAUCAGCUCUUAUUAUGCAUCAGAAAAUUCAUACAGGGGAGAAAGCAUUUUCAUGUUCUGACUGUGGGAAAUGUUUUACUCUGAAACAAACUCUUAUUAGGCAUCAAACAAUUCAUACAGGGGAGAAAGCAUUUUCAUGUUCUGACUGUGGGAAAUGUUUUACUCUGAAAUCACAUCUUAUUAGGCAUCAGAAAAUUCAUACAGGGGAGAACGCAUUUUCAUGUUCUGACUGUGGGAAAUGUUUUACUCUGAAAUCACAUCUUCUUAGCCAUCAGAAAACGCAUACAGGAGAAAAGGCAUUUUUGUGUUCUGACUGUGGAAAAUGUUUUACUCGGAAAUCAACUCUUCUUAUUCAUCAAAAAAUUCAUACUGGGGAAAAAGGAUUUACAUGUUCUAAAUGUGGAAAAUGUUUUAUCCUGAAAUCACAUCUUAUUAGGCAUCAGAAAACUCAUAUUAAAAGAAAUCAGAGUUUAACCUUCUAACUGAAGAGGAAUAAUAUGGUAGUUGUCACCCACACAAUACCAAGUGCUGAUGACUGCAUGUGACCCCCUGGGGCCUGCAGUU